GCGAUCCUUCUCACCGUCUCAUAAAAACACACGUCUCUGCUCCAAGAAUUUAAGCAUCAGACGCUCUGGUUUUUCUCUAUCUAUACUGGGAGACGGACUCUAUCCCAACAGUCUUCAACGUCCACACUCCUCGCCCUACAAACACCCCAGAAUGUUCCCUCCCGAACCCCGCCCCCGCAUCGCCUGCUUCCACGGCGGUGGCUCCAAAGCCGAAAUCUACCGGAUCCAAUGCUCGCGCCUCGCCAGCCUUCUUGAGAAUGACUUUGAACUCGUCUUUUUCGAGGGUCCCUACACCCGCGACGCUGGUCCCGGCGUCCUCCCCGCCUUUCGCGGCUACGAGCCAUACAAAUCAUGGGUGACAAAUGACAGCGACGGCAAGGAACUGGUCGAUGGAAGUGGGUAUGAUGAUGUUGGACGGGACGGUAUUGAGAGGGUUUUGAAGCUGAUGGUGCAACAUGAUCGGGAGCAAGAUGAACCAGUCGGUCCGUGGGUCGGUGCUAUGGGAUUCAGUCAGGGAACCAGAGUGGUCGGUGGACUGCUGUUGGAUCAGCAGCGCAGAGCUGCCUCGGGCUGGGAUGCGAAUGAGGGAAUCCAGCUAAAGUUCGGAGUUUGUUGCAUGGGUGCCGGAACACCACUGGAAUCGGAGGUGUCGAAGCACUUCAACUUUGAAGAUAACAUCGUCUCGCUGCCUACAUUGCACGUCCACGGACUCAAGGACUGGGUAUUGCCGCUCAGCCGCCUUCAGUACGCGAAAUACUAUGACUCGAAAACCAAGAAAUUGUACGAGGUCGACUAUCAUCACGCCAUGCCAUGGAACACGCACGAGGUAGAGAAGUUGGCGGAUUUAAUACGGCAGAUAUACAAGGAGAAUGCCUGAGAAGGUUCGUUUUCAAGUGUUUGCCCGGAUGGAGUGCUUUUUCGGAUAUGGCAAGAUGGAGCUCGGAAAUUGAGCUGUUCAACACGAAAUCAUACAUGAUGCCAACAGAUAUAAUGCAGCAUUCAGACUUAGAGAUAGACGAUCAGUAUUUCCAUGCCUUUUAAUAGCUGCCAACUGGCAGACGAGAUUGGCAAAUUAGAAUUUCACUGGAAGCUUUUUCCGGUCAUCCCUGGUAUUUGUUGGGGUGCACUCCGUAGUCUUCAUCACAGUGCAAACCGCCAUCAUGGUGCCUGCAACCACAUGGUCC